AUGACAGAGAAGCAAGAUAUCGGUAAGAAUCGAGAGAAAAACAGAGAAAAAGAACGAUUUCAGAUGUAUUGGGAUCCAGAGACGAAGACUGAAGCCACCGUGCCUGAAGCCGCUUCUCUGUUUCGUCAUCCUGAUGCUCACGGAGGCGUCUGUGAAUGCACCUUCAGUCGGCUGUCAUUAUAUCGUGUCUUUAGGCUUUUUCUCUGA